AUGCAGAGACUCUUGCACUGGAAUCCGCAGUGGGCUGCGUUCGUAUCUGGUCUCGUCGUCCACCAUGGACUGUUCCGACAGGGCGAGUGGCAUCGCUCAGCCAGCAAUAUCAUCCUCGCAUAUUCGACCGUGUUUGCUUGUGCAUUGCUCUUGGCUACUCUCACGUCAGAUCUUUUCGUCGGCAACCAUCCCCUCACCCGUACUGUCAUAACCAAACUGCACGUCUAUCAUUUCGCCGGCCUCUUCUCCAGCAUCCUCGUCUACCGCGCGCUCUUCCACCGAUUGCGACGCUUCCCCGGCCCACGAUUAGCGCGCCUCGGCAGUUUACACGCGGUCGUUCUGGCGCGGGAUCUCGGGAUCUUUCGCAGAUACCGCAGGCUUCAUCAGAAAUAUGGGGAUAUUGUCCGGGUUGGACCCUCUGAACUCUCCAUCGCAGAUCCAGACGCUGUCAAGGUCGUUCACCCCCUUCACGGGUCGCACGCGGCCCCAAAGAAAGGGCCCUGGUACGACCAGGCCUAUCCGCGGUUUUCACUGCAGACGACGCGCGACGACCACGAACAUGCCCGCCUUCGCAAGAUCUGGGAUCGGGCUUUUAAUACAAAAGCCCUCCGCGAAUACUCCCCCCGAGUCCGCCACCACGCCGUCCGCCUCCACGAAGUCAUCGAACAAUCCAUCCGCACUGCACAACCCCUCGACCUCGCCCAAUGGUUCAACUACUACAGCUUCGAUGUUAUGGGCGACCUGGCCUUUGGAAAGUCCUUCAAUAUGCUGGCGGACGGCCGCGAUCACUCCUUUGUUUCCAUGAUCCACGACAACAUGCGAUACGUCGGACACCUGGGCCCGCUUGUUUGGCUGUUCCCGCUGUUUACGAGGAUCCCGGUGCUUAAUUGGGAGGAUUUGAGGUUUUGGAGGUUUGUUGGUGAGCAGAUUACCGAGCGGAGGAAGAAUCCGCCAACCUCGCCGGACGUGUUUCACUGGAUUCUCGACGGGUAUGGAGACUCUAUCAAUACGCCCAAGGGCAUGUUCGCCCUAGAAGCCGAAGCCGAGCUCGUCAUCGUCGCCGGAAGCGACACCACUGCCGCAACCCUAACAAACGCCACCUUCGAACUGAUCCGCAACCCGGACCAAAUCACCAAACUCCGAGCCGAAUUCGACCACCUAAACAAAGACCUAGCCGCCCUCACCCCCGAAGACCUCGUCAAGCUCCCGCAUCUCAACGCCAUCAUCAACGAGACCCUCCGCCUGUACCCGCCCGUCCCCUCUGGUGUGCAGCGCAAGACGGGUCCGCAGGGGUUGAGGAUUGGGGAGACGGUUAUUCCGCCUGAGACGAUCAUUCAGGUUCCGUUUUAUACGCUGUUUCGGGAUGAGCGGUGCUUCGCGGACCCCGAGGAAUUCAUCCCGGAGCGGUGGACGAGUCGCCCCGAGCUGAUUCGUGACUCUUCCGUGUUUAUUCCCUUCAGCGCUGGUGCCUACUCCUGUGUCGGAAAGCAACUCGCCCUCAUGGAGCUCCGCUGGGUGUUGACGACGGUGGUCAACCAGUUCGAUAUGGAGUUCCUUCCUGGCUUUGACGAGCAGGCGUUUGUUGAUGGGAGCGAGGAUACAUUCACGCUGGUUUGCGCGCCUCUGCCGGUGCGGUUCUCGAAGAGGAAGGUCUAG